UCCACUUUCGUAGCUUGUAUCACUUGGAAUAAGCCUGUUAUAAGAUAAGGCUCCUAUGUUUCAUCAAGGAGUAUCAGAUGUGAAAAUAGCAUGAAGGUAUGUAAGAAGUCAAUACAAAGAGUUCCUCUUAUACAAGCAUUCAGGUCUUGAGCAGUUCAAGCAAACAAACAACACACGUUAUAACAAAGCUUAAACUUGUUCUUCAUAAUACUUUUAAAAACAAUACUAGCUGCCUAUUUAAUUUUAAAAACAGCAAAAAAAAAUCCACCUCCCUUUCUAUUUCUUAUAAGGAGUCUUGAAGUUUAAAUCUCCUCAGUGUGAUAGAUGUGCUUGCUUUGAUCUGCUUAGCUCUUGGCAGUCCUGGGGCUCCGGGGUGUUGGUCCCCUGCUCCCUAAGGACAGCUCUGUCCGCCAUUAGGGAAUUUUUCCCCGAGAACCCCCUGUAACAUUUCAGGAACCCCAGUUUGGGAACCACUGCAUUGUGGGGAUGCUGCUUCUUUGGGAAGGGAGAUCUGGCUGCAGCAAGCACUGGGUGAUGUCCCGCGGCUGCUCCCCCUGGCGACGACCAGGGGAAAGUGGCGUUGCCGCGCGCUGAUGCAAUCGGAACCCCCAAGCAGCAGCAGCAGGAGCAGGGAGAAUAUCAGUUCCUUCUCACAGCUGCAACGUGUCCCAGCAGGGAGGCGUUGCAUAGGGAGAGACAGAUAGUCCGUAGGCGCUUCAUCCUGCUCGCUGGCCGAAGGGAGCGGGGCCGCGGAGAAAGCUCUUCCUGCCUCAUCUGGCAAUUACUGCUCUUGUACUAGCACGAUGAAGGGCUGUCAGAAUGAGUGCCCAGCUGGAGGAUGUACAGGGGGAGCCACAAAGCAAGCGAGUGAAUCUUUCAAGGCUGCAGACUUAAUUAUUAACCCAGCUACCACUUUCAAGGAAAAACCAGACCCCAGUGGUUUGGUGUUCGGAACUGUUUUCACAGACAACAUGCUGACAGUCGAAUGGUCUUUGACUUCAGGAUGGGAGAAACCUUAUAUUAGGCCUCUUGAGAACCUUUCAUUACAUCCAGCCUCAUCAUCUCUCCACUAUGCUGUGGAACCAAGAGGAGAGACAGAGGAGAAUCUGGUCCCAAUGGUGUGGCUCAAUGAAUACACACUGUUUGAAGGAAUGAAGGCUUAUCGAGGAGUGGAUGGUAAAAUCCGCCUGUUCCGUCCAACGCUCAACAUGGACAGGAUGGUGCGGUCAGCGGCACGAGCAACACUGCCAUGUUUUGACAAGGAGGAGCUAUUAGAGUGCAUCCGGAAGCUUGUGGAAGUGGAAAAAGAGUGGGUCCCGCACUCUACGUCUGCAAGCCUGUAUAUCCGCCCUACUUUAAUUGGAACAGAGCCUUCUCUUGGAGUCAAGAAGCCAACUAAAGCCCUGCUGUAUGUUAUACUGAGUCCUGUGGGCCCAUACUUUGCAAGCGGAAGCUUUAAUCCAAUAUCCUUAUGGGCAGAUCCCAAAUAUGUAAGAGCCUGGAAAGGAGGAACGGGGGACUGCAAAUUGGGAGGGAAUUAUGGUUCUUCCAUCUAUGCCCAGCGUGAAGCUAUGGAAUUAGGGUGUCAGCAGGUUCUGUGGCUGUAUGGAGAGGAUCAUCAAAUCACUGAAGUCGGAACAAUGAAUCUUUUCCUGUACUGGGAAAAUGAAGAUGGAGAAGAGGAACUGGCAACCCCACCGUUAGAUGGCAUCAUUCUUCCUGGAGUGACAAGGCAGAGCAUCUUGGAGCUGGCACGCAAGUGGGGAGAAUUUAAAGUGUCUGAGCGGUACAUCACCAUGAGUGAUCUGACAGCUGCUUUGGAGGAAAACAGAGUGAAGGAGAUGUUUGGUGCUGGGACAGCUUGUGUCGUAUGCCCUAUUUCUAAAAUAUUAUACAAAGGCAAGAAUUUGCACAUUCCAACUAUGGAGAAUGGACCUCAGUUAGCAACCCGCUUCCUGAAUCAGCUGACUGAUAUCCAAUACGGAAGAGAAGACAGCGAAUGGACACUCCUGGUGUCAUGAAUGCAGAGUGGCGGGGAUCAGACCUUCCAUACACUACCCGACAGGCCAAACCGUUACACCAGAACAAUCACCGAUUUGCUGUAGCUGCCCAUUUAGAGCUGUGCGUAGGGUAGUCAGUGUUCUCCCUUUCCUCCCCAGGGUGAUUUGUUUCCACUUGCCAGGGAAUGUGAACACAAUCAUUAUGAUUUCUACCAUAGUCUUGCUAAUAGAAGCCUAUCUUCUUGUUAGAGAUGCUAGAUGUAAGCAAUAGAACUGUCCCAACUGUUUUCUUGGUGCCUCCUUGUGUCUUAUGUACAGUCCAAAAACUUGUCAGAUACUCUUCAACUGGUCUUCAGUGUAAGCCAUGGUGUUUUUUCAACUGCCACCACUACCGGAGAAGACUGCCAUAUAAAAAAAGUUGCCCAUUACUUAGGGGAACAGUUACUAUCCCUUAGUCCUAUUUCAUUUGCAUCCUCAGGCAAUGGAUUAUGUUUUUCUCUGUUACUCCACUUAUGUGGGAGGUUCCUCUCUGCAUUCCCAGAGCCCUGAGGAGCCCCUGUUUUUUAUUCUGCCAACAUCAUACCCUCACCUUUUAGGCCCCAUGUCAUAGCAACCACGCCUUUAGAAUGAGGAUGACUUGGUGGGAAAUCCCUUCAGAGCCCAGCAACACCACUCCUAAAUCAGCUUAUAAGAACUUACAAGAUACAAAGUGAUCUUUCCCCACCCAAGGCUUUACAGUGCUCCCAGCCCUGGCUGGCCCACUUGUUUCUUAAUAUGAUCUUUCUAUUUUCUGAAGAGGCUGUGGCUUUCCAGUAUGGGUUCUCCUAUAUCUUCCGCUGCUUGCCAGUGGAAAAGUGCUCAAUGCAGGAGAACAGAGGGAUUUUGUUCACCCCUUGUCAUUCUGCACUACCAUGUUCCCUUACCUUUUCAUACACCACUAGACUCAUGAUACACUCUCUUGUUGCCAUUUGGAAGCAGAUACAGAGCUGUUAGCUCGCAAUUAGGGAAAUGAAUAACUUCUGCAAAUUUUCUUUAACCCUUAAAUAUGCUACCAUCCAUAUAAGCUUUCUCAUCUAUGCACACACUUUUCUCAACUAGUUUUAAGAUGUCUCUUGCCAAAAAGGAAUUAUAGUAUUCGGUAGUAAUACUCCAAAAUGCUAGGGGCCUGAUUCUUCUGUUAUUCUGACAUAGAACUCAUAUAACUUCAUAGCUGUCAGUGGAGUUAUACCUGCAUAAAAUCAGUUUAACAGAAUGGAGCCUCAGACCCUACAUUUUACACUAGCCAUACAGCAGUAUUUUGGGAACUAACUUGUAUUUUUUUAAUAAGGGGGGGAAGAGUUUCUCUCCCACACUUUCUAACUGACCCCACCUAUAACUGGCAGUUGCUAACACAAUGUAAAAUAUAUUAAGCAUCAUUUUUAAUGGACAGCCCCUUGUCUUAAGCCACCACUUAAAAUUAUCCACAAGGCUUUCUUGUACAGUAUUUGGUCAAACAUUACCCUCAGUCUCUACUAGGCCACCAUUUUCUGCUGGUCCCGUGAGUGAUGGGUUAGACAGAUCUUGCUGCAGUCUGUUCUGAUACCUUAUUGAAGAACAGUUGAAGGUUACCAGUGACAAUUGUUCAGAGUGAGUUGUUGGACAGUGUUCUAUUUAGAAUAUACCUACAAGCACAAAAUGCUGUUUCAUUUAUGGUAGCAGUAGUACUGUGUAUCUCUUCUACUCACAAUUUAAAUCUGUACUGUGCUCUGGUCUCUGUUCAGUUUCUUGUGAUAUAUCCUAGGCCAGUGGUAGUUUAUUUAUUUUUAUUCGUCUACUGGAAAAAUUAACAUGGGGAAUACAUUGAGAUACAAUGUGAGGUAGAGGCGUUUUUCCAACAAGGCAAGUACCACAACUGAAGAGUGCCUUUGACUAGAGUGUGUCAUAGAGCUCAUACCAGAUUACGUCAUGAAUGAGACUAAAUGGCUUCCUAUUACUGAACUGUAACCUGUUCCCUCACGUUUAGCUUAGAUAAUUGUCUUUGACAGCAAAAGUCUAGGUGGUUCGGUUUGACUGAGAUGCCUGGGGAAUUGGAUGUGCAACUCCCAUACUUGAGAUAUCAGUAGUAUUAACAGAAGUUGCACAUCGAAUUCCCCAUGGACAGUACUGACAGUAAUCUACUCACAAGUCAGAAUGAAAAAAUGAAGACCCAGUUAUAAUAAUUGAUUUAGAGUGGUUGACGCUUUAAGUGGUUGACGCCUUAAAGUCUUAAAUCAGACUACAGUAAUUUUAAGUGGGGCUCAACAUUGGCCUGUAGUUGUUGUAGUCUACACUGACUUUUGGGGAGACCUGAGUUAGACCUCCUGUCUUAUCUCUUCACCUCUUGUACUGCUGGAGACCUCAAAAGUGCAAGGGUUAACAGAGGAUAAAAUUGGAAGAUCCACAAAAAUAUGAGCUAUUUCCUAGAGAAAAAGUGAAACCAUGUAGAGCACUCCCAGUCAGCUAGUGUCAUCUCUGUGAAUACUUUUGCUCCCUCUUGGUAAAUUCAAACAGCCUUGAUUAUUUUCAUUCAGGCUCUGGGUGAAUAGGUUCCAGUUUUUAAACACUAUAUACUAAAUAAACCAGCAGAGUAUUUUGAUCUUUCAUGACAAUCCUGUGUGGAAAUACAUAGCCUGCAUUCUGCAUCUGUAUUAUUUUAUUCUUUUAUCAUAAAAUUCCAAGAAAUAACAUUUGUAAAUAACAGUGAGCACUUGAUCAAUACUGUGUUCUCCUUAUUUUAGCCCAUAAAGUUUAGGGAGGAACCGUGCUAUUCCCUGAGCUGAUAGACUGUAAAAGAACAUCUGCGCAUCUCUUUUCUAUGUGCGCUGUUUGUUUAAUUGUAGCAGAUUAACAUAGAAAGGGUAUGGUACAUCAUAACUAGGCAAUUAUCCAUUCUUCAUCACUUAGUUAUGGUUACACUAAUUGAUCAUUUAAGAAAUAAGAUAGUCUAACAUUAGGAACAUUUGAGGCUGUUCAGAAAAGAUCAACAAAUUAAUAAUUGUGUGAUAUUUGCAUAAUUGGCUGCAAUUAUUUAAUGUUUAAUUGGCUGAUCAAAUGCGAUUCAGCCUCUCACAUGUGUAUGCUUUACAAACAGUGGUACUUUAAAAUGAUAAUGAUGAACUAUAAUUUUUGCAAGUUCUUUCUUUCCCCCACUUCAUUCUUUGAUUAUUUUCAGCCUUGAGCAUGUUCCUAAUUUUCAGUUUAGUUUCAGCUAUUUAUCUGUCAGAAAGAAGUCCUUAAAAUGAGAUCCCAUUUCAGAGGUCCACAAAAACUAGUGUUUCAUUCAAACCUUGAUGAUGCAGGAGUUGUGGAAUUAGCAGCUGUCACUGCAUUGCCAGAUUCAUAAUAGCAGUUCAGGGCAAAUUCACCCAGGGGUAACAAUGAUUUAUUCUGGUGAGAACUCUGGCAAAGGAUCCUCAGAGUAGAAAGUCCAUCCAGAAGAGGUUGUGGCAGCACAAAGCAAAUGUAAUUUCCUUGAGAGGGGAGUUAGGAGGGCAGCAAGGACCAAAAAAUGGGAGAUGCUGGCCAGGGAAUAUGGCCAUUGGAUGAUCUCAAUGACUCAAUAUAGUCUUCAACAGUGUCCAUGAGAAGGAUUCCCAGAAAACCCCAGCCAUAAGCUAAGUCUGCCCACGUCCCCGAGGGACUGCAGUGGUAAUACCACCUGCCCUUUUUCUGGAUGAAUCACCACUGGAGUGCUGGGAGAUAUAAUUGACCCUUCCUUGCCUAAGUGCUGGUGAUUCUCUUGCCCUUAUUUUAUAUUACACCUGGAGAAUGGUAAUCUGAAAAAUAGGGCAUUUGAAAGGUAGAGGUUCAGUAUGUGCUGGUGGGAAUGAACACACAAUAGGGUAUGUCUACACUCAAGUUAGAGGCGUGAUUCCCAGCUUGAGGAGACAUACCCACGCUCGCGCUGAUAGAGCUAGCAUGCUAAAAGUAGAGUAUAAGCCGCGAUGGUGUGAGCAGCAGGAGGGGUUAGUCAUCCAAACAUCCCUGGGGUCUCAGAAGGGAUCGUACACAGGGAAGCUAGCUCCUUAAACUACUGCAGCUACACUUCUAUUUUUAGCAUGCUAGCUCAGUCAGAAUUAACGUGGGUAUGUCUUACUGAGCUGGGAGUCGCACCUUCAGCUUGAUGUGUAGACAUACCGAUAUGUGAAUCACCGCCCCUGUCCAAGCAGUGGGCAAGGCAGAAGGGGCGAGAGUUGAGAGCUAUUUCACAGCUCCAUCACCUGGGGGGAAGGAGAGGAGGAACUCUUGUCCAGUGUUAUCUAUAGAGCAACCUAUGUCAUCUCCUCAAAUCACUUAGCCCCUUUACUUUGCUUCAGUAUGUAACGAUGCAACGUCAUAGAGCAAAUGUUGCAAUGCCCUGUCAGAGCAUGGCACAGUGAUUGAUCUUCCAGGCCUUGCUCAGACUCCUUUCACCUCUUCAGGACCCUACAUAUGGUGCACAGAGUAGACAGGCCCAGUAAUGAGGGAAAAGCAGCAUGCAGGUGGGUGCACUUGUAUCACAGUGUAUGUCUGUGCUGCAAUUAAAAAAAAAAAAAACCACAGCAAGUCUCAGAGCUGGGGUCAACUGACUCGGACUGGUGCUCCAGGGCUAAAAAUAGCAGUGCAGAUGAUUGGACUGGAGCCUGGGCUCUGAGACCCUCCCCUGUCACCGGGUUACAGAGCCCAGGCUCCAGCCCAAACCCAAACUUCUACACUGCUGUUUUUACCUCAAAGCGCAAGCCCCAUAAGCUUAAGUCAGCUGACCCAGGCGCUGAGACUUGUUGCUGUGGGUCUUUUAUUGCAGUGUAGACACACUCGCAUUCCAGAUACCUAAAGCAGGGCUAAUACUAAUGACCUACCCAGGGAUGGGGUGGGUUCUCCAUCACUUGGAAUCUUUAAAUCAAAGAUUGGAGAUGUCUUUCUAGAAAAUACGCUGUAGCUCCGCCAGAGGUUAUGGGCUUGAUGCAGAGUUUACUGGAUGAGCUACAGCCUAUGCUAUGUAGGAGGUCAGACUAGAUGAUCAUAACAGUUCUUUUUGGCCUUAAAAUGUAUUUGUAAGAAGUUUGUAUUUAUAGCCUCCCCGGGCUGUCAGUGUCUGUGCUUUCAGUCAUCGCCUGGGUCUUUCUCCCCGUCACCUAUUAUUUUGCAAGUAAUGUUGGCACAGGUAGGUGCCAGCUUUUUCCUUUCCCCAGGGUGCUCAACCCCUGCUCAGGGCACAGGCCCCACCCCCAGUCCACCCCUUCCCCCAAACCUCUGCCUCUUUCCACUCCCUCCCCCGAAUGUGCCCGGUCCCUGCUCCUCCCGCACACCGCAGAACAGCGGCUUGCGGGAGGCACUGGGAGGGAGGGGGAGGAGUAGAUUGGCAGAGCUGCCGGCAGGCAGGAGAUGCUGUGGGGAGGGGGAGAAGUUAAUCAGUAGGGCUGCCGGUGGGCGGGAGGCACUGCAGGGAGGGAGGAACUGGCUGGCUGCUGGUGAGGGCUAAGGACCUGCUAAUUUUUUUCGUGGGUGCUCCAGCCCACGGAGUCGGUGCCUAUGAAUGUUGGGGCUAAAUUUUAGCACAGUUAGUAACUCAUAUUAAUGGGGCCUUUGCAGUUAAUUCCCUAUGUACUGUGCUGGAAAGGCAAUUUCUUUGGUGCUCAAACAGAUAUCUGGUCAAGGAGUGUGGAAGUCAUUAAAGAGCAGCAGAAUGAGGAAAAAGGUGAUGGUCUUUUAUCUGCACAAUACAUUUUAUUGCAGGUGUUUUACUCAUCCCAGUCUGCAAAGUGCCUCUUCCAAAAUAUUUUUAUUAAACUUUUAAAUCUAUAUUUCCUUUCACAUGGUCGGCCUCUAGACAAGACUGCACAGUGCAUUCCAUUAAUUCAAAUUCUAUUAAACAUAAUGAACAAAAACAGCUUUAGUUUAAACAGUAAGUCUGGAGUCUCAUGGCCUUCAUGAAAUGCAAAAUAUACUGCCGAAUUCUUAUUUCUUUCCAUGUAUCUAACCAAAUUAUAACCGAAAGCCAAGUAGGCUAUUAAUACCUGGAGCAUAACACAAAAGCCUAGCCAAAAACUUUUUACCCUGAGUUCUUUGAUCCCAUUUGCAAAAUGGGGCACAUGCUAGAGAGGAGGGGAGUUUGAGCAAAGGCUGAGGAGCCACGUACUCCAGAGUUUCAGUUCUGGCUCUCACAUUGACUCUGUGAUCAUGGGCAAGUCAUCUAGCCUCUCUUUGACUCCACUUGCCCACCUGCAAAAUGGAAACAGUGCAACCUAACUCGCAGGUGUUGUGAGGAAUAAAUACCCAGUGAUCUCAUAUUUUUGGCCUGGGGGACACGGGAGAAAUCUUAAAAAGUCUGCCCUGUUAUGAGCACAGAAGCAUAAGCCAACCACUAGCUGCUGGGACCUAGGUAGACAUUUCCCCAUAUGGGAAGGUUAUCCCAUAACUGUCUACCACAGGGUUCCUUGCACCUUUCUCUGAAGCAUCUUGUACUGGUCACAGUCAGAGACAGGAUACUGGAGUAGAGGGAGCACUGAUCUGAUGAUCUAGUAUGGCAAUUCCUAUGCCUGUCCAUCCAGGAAGUGGACACAGUCUGUCCUUUCACUCCCCUGAAUGCAAGGAUUAAAUCAGGCUAGUGCUGCCAGCAAUAGCCUCCCUUAAAGACCCUGGCCAACAAAGUGGGUCCUCCUUGGAGCAAGGAGAAGGAGGAUGAAUGAUCCUCAUCCAGGAGUCUUUCUGGGGAGGUGUGUAUUGUCACCAUCCUCUAACCAUCAGCUCUCCUAUAAUCCAAAAAUUGAACUGUGUGUUUGCAAAGCACUUUGAGGACAACAAGCAUUGUGGGUAAAUGCAAAAUAUUAUUAUAAUUAUUACGACGUCUUAUGUGGCUCGUAGGAUUCAAUCUAGCCUUUAACAAAACAGAAUUUAUUUUGCUACAGGUAAAAUCUCUUCUAUGAAUCUAAUUCACUUCAAGAAAUCUGUUUAAACAGCACAGAUAGAUGCCAGACGCAGAGCCAGCAUUUGAAGCAUCCCUUCCUGAUUAGUUGCAACAUCUUGAUUAUACAGAGGAAAAUGUUAUAUGUAGACAUACACUUUUCGUAUGAUGUGUCUUAUUUUUAAGGUUUCCUGCAGUAGGACCAUAAUCCUGCAAAGUGCAUAGCUCAGUUCCAAGUUUAAAAUUGCAUCUGACACACAGUACAGAUUUGACAAGAGCACUAUUCACUGAUCAGAGAUAAAUUUAAUUUUUACGUGUGUCAAAAUAAAAUCAAGGGCGUAGAAGCAACUUCAUCCAUCAUGCUUCUAAACCCCUGUAUACGAGAAGUCCACCCUAUCCCGUUUUAGAGCUGUGCCUUAUAACAUAACAUUCCAAUCACCCUGUGGGAUCCAUCCUACUCUGGUGCUGAGUGCUCUUGACUUCAGCAAGUAGCAGUUGAGAAUUAUUCGAGUGCUGUGUUUUAUCCAAUUCUACAGACAUACAUUGUGUCAUGAAGGUCAAGAUUGUGCAAAGAAUAACUGAUAUUUGCUAAAAUACCUCCUCCUAAUGGUAAGAUAAUGUUCCUUCUUGCUUAAUUUAGGUAGCUAGAUUGUUAUUCAUAAUGGAGGAGGAAGAUACUGACAUUGAAUUGGUAAAGAAACAGUAGUAUUAGAAUCAUCUUCCUUUGUUAAACAUGGUGGUUAUUAGGCUAGGUUCCAAUAUAUUUUCCCUGACCAGGAUGGAAAAAUCUGACAACAGUAUUAGCCAAACCAUGCUAUAGGUGUCCCCAAUUCCACUUGAUUCUCCAUUGCCCUUGUGCAGUCAUUUACACCAUUGCAAAGUAGGUGUAAAAAUGCUACCAAAUCAGACUGGUCAUGCUCUUGGUCUGUGGCACAAUUGCAAAGGUCGUUUCUCAGACACACACAAAAAAACCCUGUCCCCAUGGGCUAGAGAACCAUGCCAGUACCUUACUGGGACCAGUCAUGUUGGAAACACUCUGCUGUUGCCAGUGUGGAUAGACCCAUGUGACUCUCCUUUAAUCUGAAGGAAGACCUGUGUUGAAAUACACAAAAUAAAUCCCCCCACCAAAAAAAAAAAAAAAAAAGGAUAGAAAGACUCAAUAGAUAAAGGAUAGAAUCAAUGUUUUUGGGGAUAUGUUUAUUCUGGGGUUGCUCAUUUAAAAAAUUGUGAUUUUAAAAACCAGACACAAUCAGUCAUUUUUUACCUGAAUUAUUAAGGCCAAGAUAUUAAAAUUGGACCCUAACAGUCAAUGGGAGCUGCUGGAUGCUAAGAACUUAUGAAAAUUUGGCAAUUUUUUCAGGAGCCCAGAUAAGGAUUCAGGGGUCUAACUUUAAGUUUUGGAAGAUUUUUUUUGCCUAAAUGUUUAGAAUUGCAGGCUGGAUGAGGUUAUUGUAAGAAAAGAAACUAAGACUUUGAAGAAGAAAUUAACCAUGAUUUACAAAUGACUUCACAAUUCUUUGUAAUAACCCCCACAGGAAAUCACUUAUGUUAAUGACCAACUAUGUCUGUGGAAAAAUAUUAGGUAAAAUAUGUUCUCUUUCCAUCCAUACAAUAGUUAGUUCUCUUAGUUCAUUUAAGUCUGUUUUAGAACCUGAUCAUGCCAGGUGCUUAGCGGUUGACUUAAGUGGGAACUGCUAUCGGAGGCACUUGCCCUCCACCAGGAUCAGACACACUGAAGGGGUCAUCAGAUCUAUUAUGUCUGGCAUAAUUGUAAAAGUGAUUGAGAUAAAAAAAAAGAGCUUUUGAUAACUUUCUGUACAGGAAUAUUUACAAAUUGUUUGGUUUUCUUUUUAAAAUAUACAUGGAUUUAAAAAUAAUUUGGUUUAAAUUUUUUGAAAAAAUAUUCCCAACAUCCCCAAACUCACCCAUAAUCUUUAAGAAGUGUCCAGAAGAAAAGCAAGCAACUGCUGUGACACUUUCUUAGGGUACCCAGGACUCUGAGUCACAUUACCCUGCUGCCUCCAGCAUGAGGAAGUCUUUCUUUUGGUAGCUGGCUGUCAGCUCCCUGUCACUGCCAGCCCUUCAGCCUUCAAACACUCUCCUCUGGGCUCUGCCGGCCCUUACUUUGCCUUGCAGGUUAACAAUAGGUACAUCCCAGUCCCCCAGCCACUCCAAAAGCAUCCCUCCCGUAAUGUUCAGCCCUGUCACUGGACACCUGUAAUUACGGGGGUUGCAACUCCCAAGGGAAUAGAACACAAAUACCAGUUUACCUGAUUCAACUGAGUACCAGCUCCAAUCUAAGAACACAGCACUGUAAUCUAUGAAUACUCAAAACAAAUCUAUAUUUAUUAAUAAAGUAGAGAUUUAAGAGAGAGUGAGGAAUGGUAAUAAGAGCCAAAGAUUACAAAUAAAAGUAUAACACACGGCUGCUAGAUUAAAAUUUAACUUUAGCAGGCUACAAUCCUUUGUCUAAAAUCGUCUCUCACCUAAGCUUUUUCUGCAGAGCUUGCUGGUUUCAGUCAAACCAGGAUCCAAAACAUUCAUGAAUCACCCCCUUCCCCCCCCCCCCCCCCGGGUGUUCCUCAGUGAAAUGGAUAACGUAGGGGGUCCUUUUUCCUUUCUCUUAUACCUCAGAGUUUAUCUUUGCACUCCUGAGACAAGACAACCCCCGGUGGUUCUAGUCUUUGGUGUCUCCCCAUUUGACAGCACUUCCUCGCGUUGAUUUAGAAUACAAAUGUAGCUCCCAUUGUGUUUGGCUUCCAAUGAUUUUUGGUCAAUACUAAGUGCUAGUGGGAGGUGCCAGGGUGAAGCCUUCUAUCCGCAGAACAGGUACAGCAAGGGCAGUGACAGUAUAACCUUCUCCUACAGUGCUCCACCACAGUACCUCAAUCAUGUUCUGGGGUCCACGUAGUAUUUCUAUGCCCAUUCGGCCCUUAGAGCAAGACUGCCAAUUAGUGCCAAAUGUUGGAGUGAUGAUUUAUGAUGUGAAUCACUGUUUGGAAAAGUGCUUAUCACAAGCUUAAGUGCUUAAAGUUAUGCACUUGCUUUCCUGAAUCGAGCCUAACAGCUUGACUGAGACCAGCAACUCAUUUUAUAUAGGUCACCAAACAGCAAAAAAAUGUUAGGUGCUAGAGUCAAGCCAACCGUGUAAGAUGAAAGGUUCCAUAUCUUUUCAAAUCCAACUCCCACAAAACCUUUCUAUCAUAUCAUGUGCCAGUAGCUGGCUAGGGCUCAUGAUAGGAGGAGAAUUAGAUAAUUGUUAACUAUUAUCAUCCCUUAAUUUAAGAUGUUGCCAAGAAAUUAAUCUCUUUCUUCUCCAUCCUUCACCUUCUAGUAGGGUUGCCUGGGCUGCUGCAGUAUAAAUUGACUGGAUAUUGAAGGGUCUUUAUAAUGAUGAGGAAUAAUAGGGUUUUUAUAUUAAAUUAUAUUAAAGCAUUUUCAUUAGAGUGGUAUGUGUUUGGGUCAAUGAAUGCCUCAAUCUAAUCAGUUUCUGAAUUGGUUAUUAAUGUACUGUAGAAAUACUUGGAAUUCCGGCAUUUUAAGUAGGAGAAAUUGUCAACUUAAACAGGGAGAAAUAAACACCUCUGAAGAGUCUCUGCUUUCAUAAAUGUUCAAGUUAACAGGAUAUUUUACCAAGAUCUGAGCAUAUAAAAGUAUUAAAGGAACAGAUGUGUGGGAAAAAAAUAUUGGGUAAAGCAAAGGAAACUCUACCUCAUCCUUCUUUAAAGAUUUUGUAGAAGCACAAUUAAACACUCCUAAUGGCAUUGUUAUACACAAACCAUCUGGCAUGAAAGAAACACUUUAUAUUUGUAUGUCUAAACUUCCUGUUAUAACUGUAUUUUGCUGGCAAUAGAAGUAGUCUAUAUUGUUUGCAGUUUCCUCAUCAGAUCUGUAAUUAUGCAGUGUUUCUGUUUUCAAUAAAGGAAUUUAAUGGA